UAAAGUUGUGCAGAUUUGUUUUCCGUAGCCUCACAGCGGCCUGACGUUGGCGCAUGCGUGCCUCUUGCAGGACUUGGAGUAGCUGCCCUUGGGGCGGGACGAGGGGGUGAUCAUGGCGUCUUACCUGAUGAAGGAAUACUGGGACGCCCCCGAUGGCACAGAAUGCCACCGCAAGACCUAUGUCACCACCAAGAUGGGUGCCGCUAUUGGCUUGGUGGCAUCUGCCUACCACCUUGUAUUUGUCCCACCUGAAUCAUCUGCUGAAGCAGUGUUAAGGGCUGGGAAGUUUACAUUCUCCAUGGCUGCCAUAGGUGCCAUAUUUGGGAUCACUUCCUGUGUCAGUGCUCAAAUUCGGGAAAAACCAGAUGACCCCCUGAACUACUUCUUUGGAGGCUGUGCUGCUGGCAUGACCCUCGGGGCCCGAAUGCACAGCUAUACCAGCGGAGCAGCAGCGUGUGUGUACAUGGGCACUGCCGCUGCCCUUUUGAAGGCGGGCAAACUGGAAGGCUGGAAGCUGGCCAGCGGGCCCCGAAUCUAAGCCAUCAAUGUCUUUAUCAGGUGUUUUGUAAAAAAGAAUCGAUAUAUAGUAACCCUACUCAGUGUUUCCCCAAACAAUUUCCUUAUUCUCCUCUGAUGUUAAAUAAAGCUUGGAACAACUUGAUGCCA